CUACGGACUCCAUCAUGUCGCCAUACCUCGGGCGCGUGAUCCCAAGGGGUCCUACAUUAAAUCGACUUUCCUCACGCCUUCCGCGCCAGUCCUUACAGCUCUCCAGGCCGUGCACGCGAGCAGCUGUCUUUUCGCAGCCGGAGGUCCUCCCCGUCCGAAGUCUAGAUGGCUUGAACCACAGAAUACUGCUACGCUCCUUCUCCACGAAUCGUCCGUUACGUGUCAGCGCUCCUGAACAAAUCUCAAUUCUUGCGGAUCCUGAGUCUCCCGAACCACCCGAAUAUUCUGCAGAUACCGAUUCUCCCGAACAGCCCGAUCUUGUGGCAGAUGCUCUCCCUCUCGAUGCGCUCCCCCUCCCUCUGUGUUGCCCCGGAUGUGGUGCAUUUGCGCAAACCGUCGAGCCCCUCGAGCCCGGCUUCUACGAUACAACCAAGAAGCAGACGCGGAAGCGGAUGGCUGAAACGCAGCAAUUGGCUGAACGUCUAAAUGAGGAGUCAGAAGAAGGUGUUGGUCUUGAUUUGAAAAAUGACGCGGAGACAGCCGCAACGGAGAUUCGGCAGCAUCUUGAGCUGAUAGAAGAGAAGGGGAAACCCCGUCGCGAGCCAGCUGCGGUAGGAAGAGCCAUAGCCACUGCUAGCAAUUACCUCAAAUCUGCGACAGCCCCGGUACAAAUAUGCGACAGAUGCCACGAUCUGUUGCAUCACAACAAGGCCAUGCCUGUCAUUGCGCCAAGUAUGAGCGCCAUCCGUGCAUACCUCGAUGAGUCGCCUUACACCCAUAACCGCAUCUACCAUGUCGUCGAUGCGGCAGAUUUCCCCAUGUCUCUUGUCAGAUAUAUCUACCAAGAGCUCGGUAUUUUCAAUCAGCGCACGAAGAACCGGCGCUCGGCGUCUUACAGGUAUAAGCAAGGAGUCAAAAUGCCGACCAUCAGCUUCAUCAUCACUCGCGCGGAUCUUCUUGCGCCUACGAAGGAGCAAGCGGACUCCAAAAUGAAGUUUUUCCAGUCGGUUCUUCGUGAUACUCUCAAGCACCAGGCCGCAGAUUACCGCUUGGGCAACGUAUAUCUAAUCAGUGCUCAUCGGGGCUGGUGGACCAAGAACGUCAAGAAGGAAAUCAGGGAGCACGGAGGUGGAAUCUGGGUGGUCGGUAAGACCAACGUGGGAAAGAGCAGCUUCAUCGAGAGCUGCUUUCCCAAGGACACCAGGAAUCUGGAGAAGAUUGCCGACAUGGUGCAGCGCCACAAAGAAUCCAAACUGACUCCCAACCCCAACAUCUCUGUUCUUCAUGGCACAGAAAACGUUCUUCUCCCACCUCCGCCUCCGGAAGGUCUCCAUCCUUUUCUUCCGAUUGUGUCCUCGUUACCAGGCACGACGGUCUCUCCGAUCCGCAUCCCCUUUGGACAUGGAAAGGGCGAGAUGUUUGACCUUCCAGGACUGAAGCGCCACGAUCUCAGCGACUAUGUUUUCGACGAGCACAAGCGCGAUUUGAUCAUGUCCUCCCGGGUAAACCCCGAACACAUGUCCAUCAAGCCCGGCCAGUCGCUAUUGCUCGGUGGGGGGCUGGUAAGAAUCACCCCGACACAUCCCGACACGGUGCUCAUGGCAGCCUGCUUCGUGUCGCCGGCGCUUCAGCCAUUCGUCACAAGAACCGACAAGGCCAUGGAAAUCCAGGCCGAGCGGCGUCAUUACCCGGGCACCAUCAUCGCCAAGGGCUUCGGAGACGGCAUCAGGCCCGCCGGAACCUUCGACUUGAAAUGGGAUGUCACCAAAUCGCAUCUCCCGAGAUCCAUCGCCAAAGCGCUCCAAGACAAGAUCAUCAAGAAGGCCCCGUCUCUGCCUUACAAAGUGAUGUCCACCGAUAUCCUGAUCGAGGGAUGCGGCUGGAUCGAGCUUACCGUGCAGCUUCGCUCCAAGCCGACACAGCCAACGCCCGAGACCAAACCCACCUCCACCACCACCACCACCAGAUCCACCACAUCUAAACCCGAAUUCGACGACAUGGAGCCCGUAAUCGACUUCAACCCCAAGCAAGACAUGGAUCCACUCGAGCCCGAAUCCGAAGACGGAACCACCUCCGAUCCCAGAUUCGGGCUAACCCCCAAACCCAACCCCGACUCUCCCCCGUCUUCCUUCCCUCAAGUCGAAAUCUUCACCCCGAGAGGCCUGCACGUCGGCUCUCGCGCCCCGAUCGAGUGUUACCCCAUCAUCGCGAAGCGCCAGGCCGCCGAACAGCGGAAGAAAGCCGGCCGAGGCCGCCCGGCCAUCAGCCAGCGCCAUCGAGCCCAGGGCGGCGGUGCCGGUCCCCGAUCCGGAUCCCGCUCUUCUGCCGCCGAAUGAAAUCUCCUUGUAUAGUAUAGAAUAUCAGUAUUAGUAUAUAUAUUGUCUGUCUAGAAUAGCGAUAGCGAUAGCGAUUGGUGUUUCCGGGUGUAUGACUGGGGAGGGAUAAAACAAACUGUAUACUUAUGUAUUAUUAUAAUUGCAACG